CAGCAGCAGCAGCAGCAGCAACAGCAGCAGCAGCAGCGGGGGAGCUGUGGCCGCAGCGGCUGUGGGAUCUUUGCGCAAGCCCCGAAGAAGGCGGCAGCUUUCCUUUGCUGCUGCAGCACUGCAGCAAACUGAAGGCCUUUUUGUGUCUCCAGCCGGACGGCAACAUUACCCCAGUCAAGGGUUUGGUGCCGGAGUACGACUCUGCUGCUGCUUCUAUAGCGAAGUGCCGCAGCCAGCUGGAGGAAAUCCUCGAGCAGCUGCAGCAGGCAGCAGGCAUGAGUUUGAAGUACAGCCACACCAAGUUCAAAUACGAAGUGGAGUGCCCGGAGAACAUUUCCAAAGAAACCCUCCGUCGCCUCGACGCCGACAUUACGUCCUCAAGAAAAGGGUUUAUCCGCUUCCGGACGCCGGCAAUUUGCGAGCUUGUUGACCAGCUUGAGGACUUUGAAUUGGAACUGAACGACUCCUUCUAUCCUUUCCGCUGCCGCCUCAUGAAACAAUUUGCUGAGGUGUACAACGAAGUCUUUGCGGUGUCUGUACACUGCAUCAACGAACUCGACGUGCUGCAGAGCCUCGCCACUUUUGCCCUCACCCACCCAG